AGAUGUCGUCACACGUGCAAACAAACCGAAACCGCCACCGCCACCGCCACCGCAUCAAUUUCCUUAACGUCGAAGAAACAACAUUUAUAACUUUCAAAUACUACUGUUUCUUGUCCUAACUUAGCAGAAACAAUAUCAACGCAGAAAAUGGGACUUCUCUCAAACAGAGUUGAAAGGAGCAGCCUCAAACUGGGCGAUCACAUCUAUUCCUGGCGUGCCGCUUAUAUUUAUGCCCAUCAUGGCAUCUAUGUUGGGGAUGAUAAAGUUAUACAUUUCACGAGACGUGGCCAAGAAGUAGGAACAGGGACUGUGCUAGAUCUCCUCUUAGUAAGCUCUGGACCAACUCGAUCUCAUGCACCUUGUCCCACCUGUGUUCCAGCAGAAGAAUCUGAAUGUCAUGGAGUGGUCUCAUCAUGUUUGAACUGCUUCCUUGCUGGUGGUAUUCUGUAUUGCUUCGAGUAUGCUGUAAGUCCUGCUCUAUUCCUUGCAAAAGCACGUGGGGGAACUUGUACUCUUGCAAUCUCGGAUCCUGAUGAUGAUGUCAUUCAUAGAGCAAAGCACCUGCUUGACAAUGGGUUCGGGUGCUAUAACGUAUUUAAGAAUAACUGCGAAGAUUUUGCUAUUUACUGCAAGACGGGAUUGCUUGUGUUGGAUCGAAAUACAAUGGGGCGAAGUGGACAGGCCGUAUCUGUAGUUGGUGGGCCCCUUGCAGCAAUCUUGUCUACACCACUUCGUUUUGUCACCACUAAUGUUUAUGGGAUGGCAGCAACAGCAAUAGGGGCUUAUUGCGCCAGUCGCUAUUCUGCUGACAUUGGCAUGAGGAGGGAUGUAAUAAAAGUAUCCGUGGAGGAUCUAUCGAGGAGACUAGCGACAGGUAUGUUUCGAGUUGCUGAACCAAGUAUGCUACCUCUACCACCAGCUGCCAAUUAGGACGUCGUCUUUACGAAGAUUGAUGAAUUUGGGUCAGUGAGAAAAGAUUUAUUGCUAGGUUAGUAGUAGUUUUAUGCUGCAUUCUCAAUACGUUGAUGGCAGCUAGCUAGCAUUUAAAUUGUGCCACAGGAUUCUGUUGUAUCCGCUAUUUUAUGUUUAAUCUGUUGUCACAUUUCGCUCUUGAAACCUUGAUCCAAUGUGUCCACCGGAGGAUAUUUUUGAUAUGUAAAGAUAUCGCUGCAUGUUUCAGCGUCGUUUUCUAUUC